AUGACAGUAAAACAUAAAUCCGAAAAUGUCAAGAACGAAGAGAGGGCGGCCAAAAAGGCAAAGCGAGGCCUGCUGAAACUAAAAAAUAUCAUGGAUGUAGAAUCCGAUGUGAUCAAAUAUUCGAUAUGCAUACCGACAACUGUUAUCAACAAUUGCAAUAAUUUGGAACAAGUCACUUUUGCUGUAUAUCAAAUAGCUAGGACAGCUGUUUUGUUCAAUGUUCAAGAAAUCAUAGUCCUAGACCUGUCACAGGAUGAAAAGCACGAAAAAAAAUCAAGGUCAAAGAAAACUAUCUCAGAUUGUUUACUACUUGCUACUCUAUUACAAUAUUUUGUGACACCUCCAAAUUUACUGGAUACUACAUUCAAGAAGAAAAACAGGUUAUAUUUAAAGUGUGCAUCUACCUUCCCGCCAUUACGGCAGCUGCCUUUUAUGAAUGAAUCCGCCGAACAACCAUACACGGAAGGUUUAUCCAUUACACAAGAAACCUCAGAGGGAAAAGCAGAUAAAAAUUUAACAAAUUUGGUGUACAUAGGAAAAGACCAAAUUAUUACAUUAUCGAAUCAAAAUAUCCCCAAAACUGUACGUGUAACGGUUGAUACGAAGCGGAAAGAGGUAGUUUCAGCGAGAGAUGCUUACAAAGGAAAGCCGCUCGGCUACCAUGUUCGAAUGGCAAAUACUCUAAAUGAAGUGUCCGAAGGUUACACAAAGAUCGUUUGGGCCAACAGCGGUGACUUCCACUACGACGAGGAAUUGUCGAAGUACCACAAGGCAGAAACAAAGCUACCAUACAUCACAAAGAUAAAAAAAAGUUCAGCAUCAGAAACAGCCUGCAGCAUCCUGCUUAUCUUUGGGAAAUGGGACCAUUUAAAGCGUUGCUUCAGGAGAUCCGACUUAGAAUCUUCUGCUUUGCACCAUUACUUUUCAGGCCAACUGCAAUUCCCUGGUACUGUAUUGCAGGGAAAUAUACCAGUCCAAGAUAGCCUACCGAUAGCUCUUACCAUGCUCCAGCACUGGGCCAGUUGA